UCCACUUCCUAAAAAGACACAUUUUUUCUCACUCUUUUUCCAUCACACAACCUUUUCCUCAAAAAUGGGUAUCUUCAGAGAUGGUAGAGCGCAACCUCAACUGCAACCAAAACCAGGAGGAAACAGAGCUGCCCUCUUUGUAUACACUACUGUGGGACUUGAGAACAUGGCAUUCGUUGCAAAUGCUGUCAGCCUAGUGACCUACUUCUAUGGAUACAUGAACUUCAGCUUGACAAAGUCGGCCACCACGCUUACAAACUUCAUGGGGGCUACAUUUUUAUUGUCACUGUUUGGAGGGUUUAUCUCGGACACCUACUUGUCCAGGGUCAAGACCUGCAUACUGUUCGGAAGCAUAGAAGUGGUGGGCUAUGCUGUCCUGACAGCACAAGCACAUUUCCAGGUGCUAAGACCCUUCCCCUGCAAAGAUGUGCCCCCAAGCAAAACGAAUCAAUGUGAAGCUGCAACUAGCAGCCAGGUUGCUCUCCUUUUUGCGGGUUUGUAUCUGGUUGCGUUUGGAAACAGUGGAGUUAAAGCCGCUCUCCCAGCUUUGGGAGCGGAUCAAUUCGAUGAAAGAGACCCUAAGGAAGCAGCUUCACUUUCCAGCUUCUUCAACUGGCUGCUGUUUAGCAUCAUUAUUGGAGCUAUGUUUGGCGUCACAUUCCUAGUUUGGAUAAGUACCAGUCAGGGAUGGGACUGGUCGUUCGGGGUUUGUACGGUUGCUGUCCUAUUGGCAUUUUUGUUCCUAGGCAUGGGGAAAUCAAUUUAUCGGAAUAAUGCACCCAAGGGAAGCCCAGUAAUUAGCAUUCUACAGGUGUUUGCAGCUGCCAUACGGAACAGAAACCUUCCAAUACCAGAGACUAAUGAAGAGUUGUAUGAGUUUCAAGACAAAGAAUUAGGAACAAGAAGUGAAAUUCUUCAAAGAAGUGAUCAGUUCAGAUUUUUGGAUAGAGCAGCCAUUGCUAGAAGCAUUCAAGGGGCAUCAACUUCACACACUCCCGGACCCUGGAGCUUGUGCACAGUGACACAAGUUGAAGAAACAAAAAUUCUACUCCGCAUGGCUCCUAUUAUACUGAGCACCGUAUUCAUGAAUACAUGUCUGGCUCAACUCCAAACAUUUACCAUUCAACAAAGCACUACCAUGGACAGAAGCCUGAUGGGAUUUCAAGUUCCAGGGCCUUCCAUCCCAGUAAUUCCCUUGGCAUUCAUGUUCCUUCUAAUCCCAAUAUAUGACCGCAUUUUUGUUCCGAUAUCGAGGAAAUUCACAGGGAUCCCAACUGGGAUUAGACAUCUCCAGCGAAUUGGAGUAGGGCUGGUGCUAUCAGCUAUUUCUAUGGCAGUUGCAGGAAUCAUAGAAACACACCGGAAAUCAGUGGCUACCAAACACAAUAUGGUUGACUCUGCCGGUCCUUUGCCUAUGAGCGUGUUUUGGCUUGGUUUCCAGUACGCAAUCUUUGGAAUGGCUGACAUGUUUACACUCGUGGGGCUGCUAGAGUUCUUCUAUGCGGAGGCCUCAUCUGGCAUGAAAGCAAUGAGCACAGCCAUCUCCUGGUGUUCACUGGCCAUUGGGUAUUUCAUGAGCUCAGUCACAGUGGAGGUGGUGAACAAGGUGAGUGGUGGGUGGUUGGCCAGUAACAACUUGAACAGAGAUAAGCUGAACUACUUCUAUUGGCUAUUAGCAGGGUUAAGCAUAGUGAAUUUUGGGGUUUAUUUAUGGUGUUCAUCUUGGUACAGAUACAAGAAGGUAGAAGAGAAGCAAGAAGUAGAUACUAGAGAUAAAGAUCCUAAGGGGAAAAUUGAAUUAGGAAGAGUCUAGAGUUGUAGGUCCUUGGAAAGACGACUUCCUAUCCCCAUUAUCAUACACACACACACACACACACAUAUGUGUGUGUAAUGAAGUGAAAAUGUGCCCUGUUUAAUUGCAUAUUCAGUAAGCAGUUCUUGUUAGAGGAAGUUGGGAAGAGAUUUAAUCUUUGCUCAAUUUGUAACACUUUCGUGAGUGAAAUAGAAAUAGAAAGAGAAUGUGAAAUCCAUUUUACAGGGAACCACUAAGCUCAAUUUUGGGGAUAUUGACCAUGUACAUGGUAAUUUGGAACCAGACAAGCAAAAUAAAAUAAAAAGGGCAACCCCAGUAA